CCCAGGAUGAAGCCCCCCCCCGGCUGCCGCCGCCUGUCCCCGCUCGGGGCCGCGCUGGGCGUCUGCGUCACGCUGGGCUUCACCCUGGCGCUCCUGGGGGGGCCCUGCGCCGCAGGUGAGACCCAAACCCACAGGGACACCCCAAAUCCUCCAGGGGGAUCUCAGCGGGAUUUCGGUUUCCGAUGUCGCGACCCGGCCCGCAGGGCGGCCCCGCUGGCGCCGUGCCGGCCGCGCUCGCACGUGGUGUUCCUGAAGACGCACAAGACGGGCGGCAGCAGCGUGCUGAACCUCCUGUCGCGAUACGGCGAGUCGCGACGGCUGCGCUUCGCCCUCCCCCACCGCUACCAGUUCGGCUACCCCGCCCCCUUCCGCGCCGAGCGCGUGCGCGGCUUCCGCCCCGGGGGGAGGAAAUUCGACAUCAUCUGCCACCACAUGCGCUUCAACCUCAGCGAGGUGCAGCGGGUGAUGCCCAACGACUCGUUCUACUUCUCCAUCGUGCGGGACCCGGGCGCGGUGGCCGAGUCGUCCUUCUCGUAUUUCCGCGCGGCGGCCCCGGCCUUCCGGAACUCUCCGUCGCUCUCGGCCUUCCUGGCCUCGCCCUUUCGCUUCUUCCGCCCGGGCCAGCGCGGCAACCACUACGCCCGCAACCUGCAGUGGUUCGACUUCGGCCUCCCGGAGCCGGCGGAUCCGGGUGAGAUCCCGGGAAUUCUGUCCGAGCUGGAGCGCGUUUUCCCGCUGGUGCUGCUGGCCGAGCGCUUCGACGAGUCGCUGGUGCUGCUGCGGCACCGCCUGUGCUGGCCGCCCGACGCCGUGGACGCCUUCCCGCACAACGCCCGCGGCUCGGCGCCGCGGGUCUCGGCGGAGCAGCUGCGGCGCCUGCGGGCCUGGAACGCGCUGGACUGGGCCCUGUACUCGCACUUCAACCGCUCCUUCUGGCGCCAGGCCGAGGCCUUCGGGCUGCCGCGGCUGCGGCGCGAGGCGGCCGAGCUGCGGCGGCGCCGGCGGGCGCUGGCCGGGCGCUGCCUGCGCGGCGGGGGCCCCGUGCCCGCCGCCGCCAUCGCCGAGCGCGGCCUGCGGCCCUUCCAGCCGCCCGGCGCCGCCGCCAUCCUGGGCUUCGCGCUGCGCCCGGGGCUGCGCGGCGCCGAGCGCGAGCGCUGCCGGCGCCUGGCGCUGCCCGAGCUGCCCUACAAGGAGCGCCUCGAGCGCCUGCAGUUCGGCGCCAGAAACGGCACUGACGGGUGAAAUGCCGGAAUUUUCCGUGGAAAAAACGCAAAAAUCCUGGUGAAAUUCCCUUGGGAAUUGGCGAUUUUGGGGCUGGAAUCGUCCCCCGUGCCUCAGUUUCCCAUUGGCUAAAAGCUCAAAAAAUUCCAGGAAUUUGGGGAAUUUUCCCGUGGAUUUGUUCCAUUUUUCCCCAGAAUUCUAAGAAUUUGGGGAAUUUUCCCAUGGAUUCAAUCCUUUUUCCCCCAAAAAUUUGGGAUUGGAGCCCCAGAAUUUAGCGAUUUUUCUUGUGCCUCAGUUUCCCAAAAAAUUUGGAGUAGGGCCCUCGAAAACCCCAAGAACUUUGGGAAUUUCCCCCAAAACCCCAAUAAUUUUCACCAAAAUCCCAGGGAUUUCCCCCAAAACCAGCCCCAAGCCCAGGAAUUUGGGGCUCCCCAGCCCCAGCGCGAGCGCUGCCGGCGCCUGGCGCUGCCCGAGCUGCCCUACAAGGAGCGCCUCGAGCGCCUGCAGUUCGGCGCCAGAAACAGCACUGACGGGUGAAAUUCCCCAAUUUUCCGUGGAAAAAAUGCAAAAAUCCCGGGGAAAUUCCCUUGGGAAUUGGCGAUUUUGGGGCUGGAAUCGGCCCCCGUGCCUCAGUUCCCCAUUGGCCAAAAUCCCCCAAAUUUGGGGAAUUUUCCUGUGGAUUUGUUCCAUUUUUCCCCAAAAUUUCAGGAAUUUGGUGAAUUUUCCCAUCAAUUCAAUCAUUUUUUUCCCCCAAAAAUUUGAGAUCGGAACCCCAAAAGUUCCAGGAAUUUGGGAAAUUUUCCUAUGAGUUCAAUCCUUUUUCCCCCAAAAUUUCCAGGAAUUUUGGCGACUUUUCCCAUGGAUUCAAUCCUUUUUUCCCCAAAAAAUUUGGGAUUGAGGCCCCGGAACUUUGAGAUUUUUCUUGUGCCUCAGUUCCCCAAAAAAUUGGAAUAGGGCCCUCAAAAAUCCCAAGAAUUUUGGGGAAUAUCCCCCAAAAAUCUCAGAAAUCCCAGGAAUUUCCCCUGAAAUCCCAGGAAUUUCCCCCGAAAUCCCAGGAAUUUCUCCAAAAUCCCAGGGAUUUCCCCCAAAACCAGCCCCAAGCCCAGGAAUUUGGGGCUCCCCAGCCCCAGCGCGAGCGCUGCCGGCGCCUGGCGCUGCCCGAGCUGCCCUGCAAGGAGCGCCUCGAGCGCCUCCCGUUCGGGGCCAGAAACGGCACUGACGGGUGAAAUUACGGAAUUUUCCGUGGAAUUUCCCAUGGAAUUUUCCUUCCCUGGGCGUCCAUUUCCCAGAAAAACGCAAAAAUCCCGGUGAAAUUCCCCUGGGAAUUGGCGAUUUUGGGGCUGGAAUCGGCCCCCGUGCCUCAGUUUCCCAUUGGCUAAAAGCUCCAAAAUUUUGGGAAUUUUUCUAUGAAUUCAAUCGAUUUUUGUCAAAAUUCCAGGAAUUUGCGGAGUUUUGCUAUGGAUUCAAUCCUUUUUUCCCCAAAAAUUUGGGAUUGGAGCCCCAAAAGUUCCAGGAAUUUGGGCAAUUUUCCCAUGGAUUCAAUCCUUGUUUCCCCAAAAAUUUGGGAUUGGAGCCCCAAAAGUUCCAGGAAUUUGGGCAAUUUUCCCAUGGAUUCAAUCAUUUUUCCCCAAAAAAAUUGGGAUAGGAGCCUCAAAAUUCCAGGAAUUUGGGGACUUUUCCCAUGGAUUCAGUCCUUUUUUCCCAAAAAAUUUGGGACAUGAACCCCAAAAUUUCCAGAAAUUCGGGCAAUUUUCUAUGGAUUCAAUCCUUUCCCCCCCAAAAUUCCCAGGAAUUUGGGAAAAUUUCCAAUGGAUUCAAUCCUUUUCCCCCAAAAGUUCAGGGAUUUUGGGGAUUUUCCUGUGGAAUAGUUUCCCAAAAAAAUCGGGGUAGGACCCUCAAAAAUCCAAAGAAUUUUGGGAAUUUCCCCUGAAAAUUUUGGGAAUUUUCCCCAAAAAUCGGCGCAGAACCCCAAAAGGUCCCAGGAAUUUUGGGGAAUUUUGGGAAUUUUCAUGCCUCAAUCGACCUCCCAAAAAUUGGGAUAGAACCCCCCAAAAUUCCAGGAAUUUUGGGAAUUUUCCUGUGGAACCACUCCGUGCCUCAGUUUACCUCCGAAAGGUACAAAAAAAUCCCCCAAAAUUCCAGGAAUUUGGGGAUUUUCUCAUCGGGAAUCCUCCCGUGCCUCAGUUUCCCCCUCGGAUCACGGUACCACCCCCAGAAUUCCAGGAAUUUUGGGAAUUUUUAACGCACCCGCUCCGUGCCUCAGUUUCCCUGCAGAAGGUACAAAAAAAUUUUGGGAAUUUGAGGAAUUUUUUCUCUCUGGAACCACUCCGUGCCUCAGUUUCCCCUCCCCCGGGACAGGUACGACCCCUCCCCCUAUUUUUUUUCCUUAAAUCCCGGCGGGAAUUUGGGAAUUUUAAAAAAAUUUUGGGAAUUCUCGCUGUGGAGCCGCCGCCUGCUUCGCUUUACUUUGUACAUACAACAAUAAACGCGCUCUGAUUGGCUGUGCUGCCUGUCAAUCAUUGCUGCGACACA